AUGGAAGACAACUUAAGCAUCUCCUACCAUGAUUGGUGGAAGGAACGCAACAGCAUGGACCUAUCCCUUCCUGUGGUCCUCUACUUCAACUGCUCCCACAUACACAGCUAUGGCAGGGUGGUCAUCCCACCACUCUUCCACACCCUGGCCCUGAUUGGCAUCUUAGGGAACCUCUGGAGCCUGUGUCUCUGCCUGCGGCCGAUGCGACCCUGGACCAUCGGUUCUAUCGGCGUCCUGAACCUGGCACUGUGUGACCUGGCCUACCUGACCUCCAUGCCCCCCCGGGCCCUCCAAGUCUACUCCAACUAUGACUGGAGUAUGGGUCGCACGCUGUGCAUCCUAAGUAGCAUGCUGCACUUUGUGGGCCUGACCUCCAGCACCAUGUUCAUCUGCGCCAUUAGCGUCGACCGCUUCAUGGCCAUCAUGUUCCCACUGGAGUCGAGGAUGGUGCGGACGCCGAGGAAUGCAGCGCUGGUUUCGGGACUGCUGUGGGCCAUCACCGUCCUGCUCAUCUACCUCAGCUACCCCAACAUCGUGUACUGGGAGCGAAAGAGUGGCUUGCGUUACUGCGGGGUCAUAGUCACCUCUGACCGCAUGUCCGUAGGAGCCACCUACUCCCUGCUCUCCUACUACUGCAUUCAGGUCUCCGUCCCCCUCCUGCUCAUCAUCCCAUCCUACAUCAAGAUCAUUGCCCGCAUGAAGCAGUCACGCCAGCAAUGGGCCGCGUGCGGCAUUAUCACGCAAGGCCGUGACAAGACCAUCUGGCUCAUCGCCGUCUUCAUCGCUAACUUCCUGGUGUGCUGGGUGCCAGGGCAACUGCUCCACAUCGUCGCCUGCAUCAUCUUCUUCACUGUGUAUGACCGCACCAACAUGUGCAGGGUGGCCAACGUGGUGAAUAUCCUGGUGGAGAUCUCGCAGCUGCUGUACUGUCUGAACGCCUGCCUGGACCCGAUCAUCUUCCACAUUCAGGAGAGGGCUGCAAAGAGGAUCUGCAUGGCUCUGGUGUGCCCUGUCAGGUGGUGGAGUAAUAGCAUCUGGAGGAGCAAUAAGAAAAACUUGGUACCGCCACCCUCAGUCAGUGUAGUCAAAGUCAAAGUUUAG